AUGGAGGUUGACAAGAAGCAGGUGGUGGUGGUCGGGAUCGAUGACAGCGAGCAUGGCCUCUCAGCUCUCCAGUGGACCGUCGACCAUCUGAUUGUCCCAUUCCUUCCUGAGUCUCCUACCAAACUUCUUGUUGUCCACGCCAAACCCAGCCCCGUGUCCGUCCUUGGCGGGGUCGGCCCCGGAGCUUCUGUCGUUCUGUCCAUAGUUGAGUCGGAUUUAAGAAAAGCGGCCGCCUUAGUGAUAGAAAAGGCCAAGAAAAUUUGCAAUAGCAGAUCUGUUCAUCAAGUGGAGUUUGGAGUGGUUGAAGGGGAUGCAAGGAAUGUCCUCUGUGAGGCUGUGGAGAAGCACCAGGCUGCCAUGUUAGUCGUCGGCAGUCACGGAUAUGGAGCUCUGAAACGGGCAUUUUUAGGGAGCGUGAGCGAUUACUGCAUCCACAACGCAAGCUGCAGUGUAGUGAUCGUGAAAAAGCCCUGA